GAAGUAUAUACGGUGUCAAGUAAAGUAAGGAAGGGAGAGCUCUCCCGUGUGUAUGUACAGUCGCGUAUAAUCGCGAGACUCCGAUGAUUGAUGUCACGAUCAGCUGUGUCGCUCUAUACGCGCUGAGCUCGACAAGUCACGCUAGUUCGAAGUGCGAGGGAUGCGCGAGGUCUGUUGAAGGACGUCGCACGCGCCCGAUUAACGACGUAUAUACUAUACAACAAUAACAGCAUCAGGCGUACGAUUCGCAGACGCUUGGCGCUGUAACAAGGAUGGUAGAGCCUCUCUUCGAUUAUCAGUUUCGGCUGAUAUUGAUCGGCGACAGUACGGUUGGCAAGAGUUCUCUCCUUAAAUACUUCACCGACGGCAAAUUCGCAGAGCUUUCAGAUCCAACGGUUGGCGUAGAUUUUUUUGCACGAUUAAUAGAAGUUAAGGAUGGGACAAGGAUAAAAUUACAAUUGUGGGAUACAGCUGGUCAAGAAAGAUUUAGGUCAAUUACAAAAUCUUACUACAGAAACUCUGUGGGAGCCCUUCUCAUAUAUGAUGUAUGUAAUAGAGCAAGCUUUGAACAUAUUCCACAAUGGAUGAUGGAGGCGCGCAGACAUAUCGAGCCACAUCGUCCUGUAUUCGCUUUGGUAGGCUGUAAGUUGGAUCUAGUAACUAAUGGUGGUAGACGGGAAGUCUCAAAGGAAGAAGCUAGAGCGUUUGCCGACGAGCAUGGUGUACAUCAUAUUGAGACCAGUGCAAAGACAGGUAUAAAUGUCGAAGAAGCGUUUCGAGCGGUUACGCAGGAAGUUUAUAAUAGGAUACAAACUGGCGAAUACAAAGUAGAGGAUGGUUGGGAUGGCAUCAAAACUGGAUUUGCUAGACCUGGUGGUUUAGAUUUUAAUCUAGUCGAGGCAGAACCGGCAAAGACUUCAUGUUGUUAAGUUGCUAUUUUGAUUUAUUGAGGUAAGAAAAAGAAAAAAAGAUUUCAAAGAAUGCAGAUGAGAUAGUUAUUUCAGGGAAAAAUAUGUAAUUUAAUGAAUAUAUGAGCAUCUUGUUAUUUACUUGUAUAUGUGUUACAUAAUUCAGACUGAAAGUUAUUUAUUGCAUUAAUAUAUAACAGAUUGUUUCUAUAUAUUUGCAUUAUUUUAUCAAGUAGCAACAUAUAGGCACAAUUAUUUUUGUUCAUGUGAGAAGUAACUUUCUACUGCAUUCUUUUUUUAGCGAAAAGACUAACAAUUAUUGAAAACUACAUACAUGUAUAUAUAAUUUGCAUAAACCAUUAGAUGACUGAUAAAAUUCAUACAAUUUCCUAGAGUAAUUAAAUAUUUAUAGGGAAAAUAAACGAAGAUUUUAUUCCUUAAAAUAUAAACAUUCUAAAAAGCAAUGAUUCUUUAUGGAUAAUGGACUGACAAUGAGAGAAACACCAUUUAUGCAUACAUUUUAUCUUUGAAUGGCAUGCAUAUCUUAUGCAUAUCUAUACCGUAUUUGAAGCUGUUGUGCCAAGUUUAUAUUAUAAAAUUAAACAUGUGGAAAUAAUAACACUUUGAAGUAGCUUUCCUUCUCUUUAAUUCGUAUUUGUUCGGAUAAAUAUGCAUGCGUUAUCAUAAGAUUCCAAAACCAAAAUCACCCACAGAUUGCGUUAACUAGCCAGAGUUUCACAGCAAAGUUUGAAAGCAUAUAAUAAAUUUUAACGUUAUCUACUUAGACACAUUUAUGGCUUAUUUAGCAAUAUAUGAAAAGCAUCAUAAAAUUACAAUUUCAACAAUUUGCCAAAACAUUGUAUCCUGUAGAUAAUAUUAGCUUCGCUCAACACUUUCGACAAUGAACCAAUCACAGAAUUCUUGACAGAAUAUGCACAGCUCUGUAAACAUGAACUUUAUUAGUCAUCUAAUAUGUUAACAAUAUAACAUCACAACCUAUUGAGCAUUGAGUUAGGAUUGUUUUUAACUGCUUUAAAGAUAUACACUACAUUAUAUAUGAAUAUUGUAAAACUGUAAAGAACAUUUUCAUAACAUUGGAUUGUUUAAUGUAUUUUGUUUAUCACGGAUCAAUAAUGUUAUUUAAUAAAAAGCAAGGAUUGUGCAGUUUUAUUAAUUGAUUUUUUUUGUGAGAUAAUAAAAGUUUACUUCUAAAUGA